GAGGGAGUGAAGCGUCAUCCAGCAGGUGAGGCAUCCUCGCAGCAGUGAAGGAUAAAGCCGGACCUCACAAAGAGAUCUAUCCUACAAUGGCAUCAUCUAGUGGUCAUGGGAAUCGAUUCCUGAGACGAGCUGCAGUACUUAUGGAGAUUUUCAUUAACAGGUGAAAGUUCCAUGAUGUUCAUAACUAUCCAUUGGAUACAUAUCAGAUGGGGCUACAUGAAUAACUGGAUAAAUGUCGCUGAAUGUCUUAAGGGAGACUGAAUUCUAUACAUGUCCAAUGUGGAUGAAGAUUGCAAGUCGCGACUGAGAACAGACAUAUUUCAGGAGGGAAAAUUUGGCAAAGGUAGCCGAGAUCUUAUGUGUUGCACAGUACCAAAGAUGUGUCCAUCUUCAACUGGGGAAUCGGCUGAAAGCCAGGAAUGCAGGGCGAUGCAGUGCAAAGAGGUUCCCUGGUACACCAGCAAGAAGGCCAACAAGACGUUCCACCGUAUAUGUACUAGGGAGGAGGAUUUCAACCAGGCCACAAGCACCCUUUUCACCGCCCUCAGACAGAGGGGUUACUGCAAACGUAAAUUAAGACACAUUAAGUCAGAUUUUCUAAAAAGCAAACAAGCGCCCAGACCUAGGCUGGGGACGACAUUGAACUUGCCACUAAUAACAAGAUAUGGCAACAUGGCUGUCCAGGCUCACAAAAUAGUCAAGGGCCGGUUUGAACAAUUCCAAAGGGGAUUUGCCACACUAAAGGGGUACAAGGUAAUGUCAGCAUACAAAAAUCUGAAGGACAUCCUGGUCAGUACAAGUCUACACACAGCCACAGACUGUGGGCAGAGAUGGUGUGGAGCCUGCACCCACUUAGUAAUAGAAAAAAUAUACAGAACAGUGUAACAGGGAAGAGAGGCCAGACAGCGCAGAGGAUAACCUGUGAGCAAAAGAAUGUGGUGUAUGCAAUUAGUUGUAAAGAGUGCAACUUACUGUACAUAGGCGAAACUGGUAACAGCAUCAGAGUCAGACUGACAGGACACCUCAGCAACAUCACAAGGGGGGACCAAUCCAUACCCAUUAGCAGACACUUCCAGCAACAUGGGAUCCAGUCCCUAGAGAUCAUGGGCCUGGAAACAAACAUAAAUUGGACAAUAGGGAGACGGAAGAGAGCAGAGAGGCGAUGGUUUGAAGUGCUACAGACGAAAGAGCCCAAUGGCCUAAACCUUGCAUAAACUCAAACCUAGGGUGGAUCCUGACUGAUCAAGAAGGAACUGCAGAUGCUGGAAAAUCGAAGGUACACAAAAAUGCUGGAGAAACUCCGCGGGUGCAGCAGCAUCUAUGGAGGGAAGGAGAUGGGCAACGUUUCGGACCGAAACCCUUCAGAUGUUUCACUUGAUCGACAGAUGGAAUCCCAUUGGGUUUUAAUGCCCUUUAUCCCCUGGAACUGCCAACAUUUGGUUUCAAGAGGAGGGACACAAUUGUUUUGAAAUUUUUAAUUUGAUAUGUACUUGUUUUUCUUUUUGUAUUGCACCUUCAAUAAAAGUUUGUGUUAAAGUGCAGAUAAAA